AUACUACAACGUUCUUCUGGACACGUAACACCAGUCCUUUCAUGUGUAGGAGGAACGCUGCGAUGCCCAUGUGACCAUUGUUUUUUUCCAUAGAAUGUCACACGAAUUUUAGUGUUCCACCUCAAACCCAGCCAAUGAAAAGUGGCCCAGUGCUUGACGGCGACAUGGUUUACGAUGACCAUGGGCGCUCUUAUCUCUUAUCUUAGCAAAUACGUGUUUAUUGCGAAGCUGCUCUCCAACUGCACAGGACCACAGCCUGGAUCAUGCACACUAGAGGAAAUGCAUGCUGCUGUUCGUUUGAAGACUACAAGCUGACUACAGAAUGGCUGCUGAGCCAGACAAGACACCGGCCAAAAAUUGCUGUGAUCUGCGGGUCGGGGCUAGGCCUCCUGGCUGACUGUGUCCUCAACAAGCAGACCUUCCAUUACAAAGAGAUCCCCAAUUUCCCCGUGAGCACAGUUCCUGGCCAUGAAGGCCGUUUGGUGUUUGGGCACAUUAAGGAUAAAUCCUGCGUCUUCAUGCAAGGAAGAUUUCACCUUUACGAGGGAUAUUCAUUGUGUAAGAUUACAUUCCCCGUGAGGAUAUUCAAGCUGAUGGGAGUGGAGACUAUCAUUGUGACGAAUGCUUCAGGAGGCCUGUGUCAGGACUUCAAAGUGGGAGACAUCAUGAUCAUUAAGGACCACAUUAACUUGCCGGGCUUCGCAGGACAGCACCCACUGUGCGGACCCAAUGAUGAGCGGUUUGGGAUCCGAUUCCCAUGCAUGUCGGACGCCUACAGCAAAGACCUGCGGAAGCUGGCCCUGGACAUCAGCGCCGAGCUGGGCUACUCUGACUUCGUUCGGGAGGGCGUGUACUGCAUGGUCAGUGGGCCCAACUUUGAGACCAUCGCCGAGGCCCGCAUGCUGCAGAUUCUAGGGAGCGACUCCGUGGGCAUGAGCACGGUUCCCGAGGUGACAGUGGCCAAGCACUGCGGCCUGCGCGUGUUGGGACUGUCCCUCAUCACCAACAAGGUGUCGCUGGACUACAACCACGAGGAGAAAGUAAACCAUGAAGAGGUGCUGCACAUCAGCAAGAUGAGGGCGGAGAUGCUGCAGAAGGUCCUCAACACCCUCAUUGCCCGUUCCCAUCAGGUCGAUGGGAUUAACAGCAACUAGGACGCCUCUUUCCUGUACCCCCCACCACAUUUCAAAACCUGCUCCCCUUGCAGGCCCUCGCAGGGUGUCUACUUGUAAUCACCUCAUGCCCCAAAACAACCUUUAUGCAAUGCACAUCUCUGACAAACUGCAACUCUAAUUUCCCAUGCAUACUGAUAUCCAUGUAUGCCUACGUUGAAGACAGUGCAUAUAUUAAAGUGCAAAAAAAUGAAAUGAAAUAAAACAUAUUCCAGAUAUUACAUAAAAUUAUUCUGCACAUACUGUAUUAGCAUUAAGGUACCUGUGUAUCAGUUGUGUGUCCACUUUCACAUGUAAUUUCAUGCAUGCAUGAUCACAUACAUUACAAAAUGAUUUACUGUACAUGUAGAAAAUGGAUGCAUUUAUAUUGAUUAUACACAAUAUGGUUGUCUAGCCAAAGCCACAUAAUUUAUUUAAUUAAAAUAUAGAGAAGUGUAGAUGA